CGGAUUUUCAAAGGUGUUGUUACUGGGUGGUGCGGGUUUUUUGAUGUCUUUCGACCUUCAUCGGCAUUUCACUUGUGAAUUUUAAAGAUGAGCAAUUUCCCAUCUUUGGAGUGUCGAUCACUAAAACGGAAAGAACACUGCCCACCAGAUGUAUAUUGCCAAAGAAUUGAGCAGAAAGAAGACCUGAUGUGUGAAGACUUUGUGAAAGAUGGCUUCAAAUAUAUGAAACCAGUACGUGAUGAAUAUGAAUCAUGUAAAGAGGAAAGUCGAUUCCUAAGUUCAGAAGCCGUAUGGAAUUCUUACUACAAUAUUAUGCUGAAAAAAUUCGAAUGCUCAAACUUCCAAGACUUCAAAAAACGGCAAACGACAAAUAUUCGUGACACUGUUAUUCCAGCUAUUGAUAUGUACAAAGAACAGGUUUGUGACUGGUUUAAGGAGCUUUCUAACAAUGUGUCACUUCAAAACCUUGGGCGUCGUGUUCCAUUUUUCAAAGAUAAAGAGGAGUGCUUACAUGAACUACUCAUAAAUAAAGUUCCUAUAUCUCGAGCCUUGUGGUUCGUCAAUAUGAGUAUCAUCCAGUCAACGGCGGUUGCUGAAACUGCGAAGAAAAAGCCUAGGGCUCCACAAGAUCCAACUGCUGAUUGGUCAUCUACUCUAUGUCGCAUGCUGUCACGGACUUUAGAGCCAAUAUAUGCACCGAUAAAGCAUAAUGAACUUGUAGCGUUGUAUAGUGAUUGGGACUACCUUUUUUCCCUGCUUAUUGGCAUGUACGACGCAGACAUUGCAGAUCACUGGGAAGUCAUAAUAUGGUUGAUUAAAUUGGUGGAAAAUGUUUAUAAAGAAAUUCGAGGGAAUGUAUCGCCUAAAUCUGUUGAUUCGUCACCUGUGAAUAACUCUUCACAUUCUGUAAAAUGUGCGUCUGACUUUCCCCUUAAGUUUAUUUUGCAUUACCUUGUAAAGUUUGGUCGGCGAUUUACUGAAAGUGAACUUUUAAUUCGAAGGUUGCUGUAUUGGUGUUGUACCACAUUUGCAAAUGUUGUUUUGACUUGUACAGGAUCCGAAUUCACGCCCUCAGCUUCCACAUUUCAAGGCAUUUUAAAUGAGUAUAAAGAAUUAAACACAUGCCCUCUGCAUCGUCAUAUUUCACUAUCAUUAGGCAGUUUGAUCACAUUCAUUAUCCUAAGUUGUCCAUCAGCUGCUGUAUGGAAUCCAAUUCCUUUUGACACUGAUCAUACUUACUUCAGGGGGUCGCCGCUUGAUCAUAUUCCUCAUUCAUUAAUAGCACUGCCUCUCCCACGGGGUGAGGAGUCAAUAUCAGUACGCAAAUGCUUGUCCGAAGUUGAGGAGAAUAUAAUAAGCCGAAGCCAGCUGGUUGAAUCUGGUUGGUUUAUUGAACCAAGUUCAGCAAACAAUGGCGGAAAUGUUAAACGUCUUGUUUGCCUGUUGGAAAUAUUAGAUCGUCAUGAAUAUCAUCUUGUUCGUGAACCAAAUCCAAUGGAGUCAUUGUAUAAUCGUAUAUUCAACGAUGAUUCUAUCCAUGAGGAUACAGCCACAGUUGUAACAACACUGUGUGAAUGGGCUGUAUCCCCGUAUCGUAUUGGAAUUUAUCGGUCAAUAAUAGUUGCAUGUUUAUUAGAACAGUUCAAAAAUACAUUUAUUGAAAGUACUAUCAUGACGACGACGACUACUACGACUAAUACUACCACUGCUAUUGCUACAACUACCGCUCCUAAUAAUAACAGCAAUACACUAGUACAACCAACAGCAACAACAACUACAGUUCCUACUGUCAGCAGUAACAUUAAUACUAACACUACCUCCACUAAUACAGCUAAUAACAAUACUAAUGCGAACAGCACUACUAAGGCUUUAAAAGCCUAUCAAUCAUUACAAGAGACAUUGAUUAAAUUUUUAGAUAAUUGUACUGCACAACUACCAUCAUUCAAUGGAGAACAAUCAUUAAUUGAAAAUGAUUUAAUGCGUAAUCUUGUAUGCCUGUUCUCUGAGUUAAUUGAUCGCGAAGUAUUUGAUCAUGAUAAUUAUGUUCGACAUUUCAUUGCACGCGGCGUCUUUGACACAAGUCUUCAUCCAUUAGCAGUUGCUGACAAUACCCUUCAAAAUAAACUCAAUACAUCAGGCAAUCCGCUAUCGUGUGGUAAUAAUAUUAAUCAGUCUGUGAAUACACCGACAAGUGUAACACGUUCUACUACUGCGACUACAUCAACAGCAUGUCAUUUACAGUCAGCAGCUCAACAUUCGGUUAAAUCAGAAAUUUCUGAAGAUAUGGAUCGUUAUAGUAUGGAUAAUCCAGAUUCUGUACGCUCUGAAUCUGGUAUAUUAUCGAGUGGUGUAAAUAAUUCUUCAGGGCUGACAAUGACUACAGCCAAUCUUCAUCAUACAACCUCCACUAUAGGCAAUCGUUUAAUGAAUUCAAAUCAAUCAGGUCAUUUGCAUUAUUUAAUUCAGUUCCCUAUACCACAAGAUGAAAGUUAUGCACAUGAACAGAAUCAACGCUUUCAAUUAUUGUAUGGUUCUGUUCGAUCACGUGAUCGGGCAAGAUAUCCUAUUCGAAAGUUGGUACGUGAUAUUUGUAAACUGUUUACUAAAAAGAUUUAUCUAAUCGAUGUUUUCCACGGUGAACUUGGUAGGCGUAAAAAGAGUAAAGAUAGAGAACGUGAAAAGGACAACACUAAUAGUAGUAAUAACAACAACAAUAACAAUAGCGGUACCAAUUCUACUAAUAUGGGGACAACAGUGACCGGGUCAACAACAGCAGCACAGUCUACAGCUUCAAAUGCAGCUGGAACACCGGGAAGUACAGGUGGCAGUGGAUCUGGACAUCGAACAACAAAUGAUGAGACAAGAUCAAUUGAUGAACUUCAUGAGGAUAUUAUGAAACGUUUUGUUAAUUUAUCAUUUUAUGAUAUGGAAUAUGUACUGUCACAGUGUACACCAGUUUUUGUAAAAAUGCUUAAUGGAUCAAAUUGUCAUUCAAGUUCCAAUGCACCAACUGAUGAAAGUGUUAAUUCAACAGUUAAUACAAACUCACCGUGUUCUGCAUCCACUGUGACCACUAAUCAGAAUAAUAAUACUAAUAACAAUAACAGUAAUAAUCUAUCUAGUGUUAAUAAUCAAUUACCAGCCAGUGCAUCUAAUGUUCAACAGUCACACAUUUAUAUGCCUGUACCCAGUUCAAUUUUCCUAUUUUUUGAAUUAAUUGAAACAUCAUUGAAUAUAACAUCGCUGAUAUUAACUGUUAUUGAUACAUUGGAACGUUUAAAAAUCUUAUUUGAAAAUCGUACACAUUUUAUGACGCUAUACAUGUCAUCUUUAUGCCUUAGAUCAGUAGGCAUACUACAACGUUAUCAAAAUGUAUUAUUUACAAUGGGUGAUGUAUCAAGUCGGCUGUUUCCAACACUGAUUGAACAAGUUCGACAAGUGAAAGAACCAACACUAUGUGGACCACUUGAACGUUGUAUUCUAAUCUACUUAAAUGAUUUAUUUACUUCGAAUGUUGUUAUAAAAACACGUUUUACUCCAGUCUAUGGUAAAGCUCAUCAAAAAGUCAAUGCACUGUUACGUCGUGUUGAUCCGAAUGAAGGGAUGGGACAAUUUGAUGCUGAUUAUGCCAAUGAUUUAUUAGCGACAACAUCUAUGGAUAAUUUAACAUCAUUUCGAGCCUAUGCUGAAGAUUUACGCCUUAAACCAGAUUCACGUUAUAGUUUUGUAUGUAAAGCUAUUAUAUGGAUAUGUCAAGCUAAAACACCUGAACGUGUUAAUUAUUUAUGCAGUUUAUGCGCUGAAUUAACUUCUCAGUGUAGUGAACUUACUCCAGAAUGGAUUGGUGCUUUUUAUGCUAUACUAGCACCACGUUCCUAUGUACAUGGUUAUCAGCCUUUAGUGAGUACUAUUGAACCAAAUCAAGUAUGGAUAUAUGAUAAUUUGAGUUCAUUGAUCGGUACACUAUUGUCACGAUAUUGUUUUACUAUUUCAGAUUUUUUACGUUUAGUUAUAUGUCCAGCAAUGGCUCAAGGGUUAGAUGAUGUUAGUCAACCUGUAGGUGCUCAAUUAGAGUCAAUCAUUUCUCUUGCUUGUCACAUUCUGCAUCGUUUAUUUACAGCUGAGUCAACGGUUAGUUCAUUACAGACUACAUCUAGUGUAUUGACACCAACUCCAGAAGUGAGCACAUCGACUAAUACCAGUACUAUUAAUGCUCCUGGCAGUAGUGGAAAUCCUGACACCUUGUUGUUAAAUUCAUCACCACCUCCGCCUUUCCGUAUUUCUGAACCAUUAUUACUAACUGCUGCUUUACAAAAAGUCACUUCAGAGUUUCUAGUUGAUGUCCUUAAAAUGCUUAUUGUACACAGUGAUAAAGCUUCUGUAGAAAAUCAAGCACCAGGAAGUUUACAAGGAGAAAAUGCUGAAGAGACAUUAGACGGUGAUGGAGAUGAUAACGAUAAUGAUGAUGGUGAAGAUGACGACGAUGAUGAUGAUGGCGUCAGGAAUUCAAAUGAUCGUGACGGUGAUGACGAUGAUGAUGGUGAGUUAACAGACAUUGACUCUGAAGGUGAUACAACAUUCAAAAGUACAACUCGUAAACGUAUUAAAGCUUCACAACAAAAAGGGAAUAAAUCAAAGAAAUCUAAACGUCGUCGACGUCGUCAACAUAAUCGUAAGGCAAUUUCACAAGUUCAUCAUGUUGUACAAAGAUUCUUAGAACAGGAUAUCUUACCGACAAGUGCAGAGUUACACUCUUUACCAUUAAAUGCAUUAACUCAAUUAGUACUACGUGAAAUAUGCACUGUACCAUGGAUACGUGAACGUUUUCAUCAAAUGACUACGAAUCAACUGAUACGUGAAAAUGUAUUGAUCGAUAAGAAUUUUUCUCAAAGUCAAGCUAGACGUCUUCUACACAUCAUCUAUUGGCCAUAUGAUUUAUCAUGGACAGAUAUAGCUUCAACAUCUGAAGGACUGUCUGGUGCAAUGUGUCAUGUACUACGUGAUUUAAAUAUAUGGACAUUAAAGUGUGCACAAAUGGAAUUCCAGCUGUUAUAUUCCCAAAUAUCAUUUUCACAACAAGGUGAAGUACUCGGCUAUUUAGCACAAUCCAUAGUACAAGGAUUUCAAGAUCAGGUGUCCAAUUGGCUUGAUUCUAAUAAUUGUGGAAAUUUUCAAGAUGGAUCUAUAGGACAUGUAGAUGGUUUGCCAAGCAUUGAAUUAGGCGAUAAUGAUCCCGUCUGGUUGUUACCUGCAUUAAUUGCUAAAUUACCAAAAUCACUAAAAGUGCAAAUUAUCAAAGUUACAUCAGAGAUACUGAAAGGUAUAAAACAUUUUUGGAAGCAUAAAAAUGAUGAAGAUAAAGAAAGUGUACUAUUACAAAAUUCUAUUCUCUUUUCACAUCCAACAUUUUUAUUAUUAUUACAUGUUUGUUUACCUGAUGCUGAUUUUGUAGUUGAUUCAUUAUAUGAACAAAUUGAGUAUUUUGUAUUGAAUGCACGUGAUAUCGCUGAUCGUGUACCAGAUAAUUUGCAUACACGUCAAAUUGUUCAACAAUGCUUAAAAUAUCGUUUAAUAUUAGCUGGACAAAAAUUCAAGUAUAUUCAAUCUGAUUUAGAUAUGUGUACACGUUGGGCAACUCUAUUGGCUCAGUUAAUUAGUCAUGGUGUUACAGAGCCUGAAUCUAAUUGUUCCCUAUUCUAUAUGAUAUAUGAUAUGCUUCAAAUGUUAAUACAUUCACUGGCAGCACGUUCUGGCAUUGAAGGAAAACAUUAUCAAGCUGUAGCGAAAAAAAUACGUCGUGAAUUAUCUGAACGUCCACCAUGUUCAGGCAUAGAAUAUAUUCGUCCAUUAUUGUUAUUAACGAAAGGUGCAUAUACAAUCUAUGUUACUGGCCAAUCACGUCAAUCUACUCGUGGUGGUUCGUCGUCGAAUUCAACAGGUAGUGGAUCCUUAGGUGGUGGUGGUGGUGCUGGCGGUGGCGGUUGUGGGGGUACAGGCGGCGGUUCAAUCGGUAAAAUGGGUGGUAAAGGCGGUGGUUCAGCUGGAAGUGGUAGUGGCGGUAAAUCAAGUAGCUCAAAAGGCGCCGGUGGUAAAUCUACUGGACAUAGCCUACUGGCAGGAGGAGGUGGAGGAUUUUUAACCUCUAGUUCUACUGGUUCAGGGCAUCAUUCUAGUCAUUCUGGUGGUCGAAAUCAACAGAAUAAAAAACGUGGUUAUAUGCUUUUGGGGAAAGAGAGGUUUACACCAUGGGAAAUCUAUGAUCCGAGUAAACAGCCAUUACUUUUAUCUAUACAUGGUGCAGUACACACAGAAGCGGUGUUGUCACGGGUUGAAGAACAGGCGAAUCGUUUAAUACGUCAUGAACACUUUUAUAGAAUAUCUCGUCCUCGGGAUUUUUAUAUGGUGCCUGUUUAUCCAGAGACGCUAGAAAAGAGUAAUGCUACUGGCGUUGGUGUUGGUGUCGCUGACAGCAAACAGUCAGAUAUUGGUGAACAUGAGAAUGCAAAUAUUAUGAGAACAAUAAAAACAGAGAAUCUUAGCAUUGAUAGCAACACUACUAAUAACAAUGCUGUUAUCAACAAUAUAUUUAGUAGUAGUAAUAAUAAUAGUAAUAGUGGCAGUAAUCCUGUCAAUUCAUUGGGUGGAGAGUCACAGAUGCUAUCACUGAAUGAUAUUGUACAAAUGCCGGAGACAAAUUUAUCGGAAUGUCAAAAUCAAUUUAUGCAACUUCGUAAUUCAAUUAAUAAUAAUAACAAUAAUAUUAAUAAUGCUACUGUCAUUAGUAGCAGUAAUAGUAACACUAGUGGUGGUAUUCUCUACGAUCAAAAGCAUAAUCCUUCUACUAUGCCGUGUCAUUCGACUAAUCUGCCAAUGUUCAAUGAUACAGGUAAGCCUGUUAAUCAAAUAGAUUCUGAACUUAAUCCUAUGAUGAUUAUGUCAUCAUUGUCGUCAUCACCGUCUUGUACUAACACUAUUACUCAUGGUGGGGGUGGGGGUGGUGCUGUUGGUCCUGCUGGUUCUGGUAAUAUCCAAUUGAUGCAUGGAAAAAUGACGAAUUCAAGAAAUGAUAAUGAACUUGUUGACAAAUUAUCAAUAAACAAUCAAAUGAUGCUGAAUACAUUUAAGUCGUCGGUAGCAUCGGUAGCGGCAGGGGGAGUUUUGACAUCUAGCACUGGUCUACCGUCGUCUAAUUCACACAUACAUCAGCAACAACUUUAUUCUCAUCAUUUGCCAAAUCACCAACAACACCAGCAACAACAGGUACUUGUGAAUUCAGAUCCAAGCCUUUCAUCAGGUCGUAAACUUCAGCCACAACAGAAUCUUAUGAAUGAAUAUGCUAGUUUAAAUGAACUAGACCAAAGGCCUAUAGGUAUAAGUCAUCCAGGGCAUAUGAACACAAUUAACUAUCCUCCUACGCAUCAUAGUCAUGGUCAUCAUGGUCACCCAUUAGAGAUGAAUAUGCAUAAAGGUAAUAAAAUGAUAAAUAUGGAGUAUAAUGAACGAAUGCUACCAUCUCAGUCGUUGACAGUAUCUCAACAACAACACAUCCAACCACCGCCAUCAGUUGCCCCGUUGCCACCGUCGAAUGCGACUAUUUUACACCCACCGAUAAGUAGUAAUACAGCAAUACAUGUCCCAGCACCACCACCGACAACAACAACUACUACUACAACGACAACAACGAAACGUAAACGUGGAUCUGGUCGUCGUGGUGGCGGUGGAAGUCUGGCUUCAUCACGGUCUACUACUGGUGGAAACACUACACGCGGUGGUUUGCAUGGUAAUCCUGGCGGUCCAAUGAAUGUAAGCUAUGAACGUGUUGUUGGCAAUAAUCCUUCAGUAAAUCUAUACGCGUAUAAUGUGAAUAAUUCAGAACAACAAUUAAGUGAUUCAUCAAAUCAUCAAUGGAGUGGUAAACAAAAUGUUUUUAAUAUGAAUUUACUUGAUAUACAAUCACAACAACAUCACCAUCAACAACAACAACAACAAAGUCAUGUACAACAGUCAUCCUCGUCUACACGUGGUCAACACCAACAGCAACAACAUCUGGCUAAUUUAAGUGGCUUCUUACGUAAUCGUGCUCAACAGCAACAGCAACAACAACACCAGCAACAUCAUCUUGGACAAUCCUAUGGUGGUUCAAGUUUCAAUCCAAGUAAUCCACUACCUAUGCCCCAUUCAAGUCAUAUGUUUGACCAAUCUCAGUUAAGCGGUCAAUUCAAUCCGGCAAAUAGUCAUCUGGUUGAAGCGCCUACUGCCUCAAUGCGGCGAAAUAUAACUACUAGCGGAAGUGGGGGUGGUAAUAUUUCUCGGUCUAUACAACAGUCGAAUCAACAACCACCACCUCAUCAAAUUAUUGGUCAUACUAAUACUACUAAUACUAGUUCCGCUACUCCAGGUCCAUUACAACAAAUUCCACAAGGGAUACCGCCUAAUCCCCCACCUUAUCCACUGUCAUCUUCUAAUCAACCGCAACAGCACGCAUUUCGUAUUCCAUCUGACGAUGCCUAUAAUAUAAUGAAUGUGAAUGAUGUAGGUAUUGAUGAACAGUAUAGACGACAGACAUUGAAUCCUGUAAUGAAUACUAUGCACCACCAGCAACAGCAACAACAGCAGCCGCCGCCGCACCAUCAUCAUCAUAAUCAGUCGAGUACAGUGUUGUCAUCACGUGUACAAGGUGCUGGUGGUGGCGGUUAUGAUUCAUCAUCAGGAGGUCAAAUGCAAACCGAUGUACAACAUUUAUCCUAUAUGCCAGUACAGGCUGAUUCACAAAUGAAUACUCAGUCAAGAUUACACGCCUCACGUGUCAUGUCAUCAUCCCAACAACAAUCAGGGCAAUUGAUGCGACCUGAUAUGAUGAUUGCCUCAACAGUUAUUGAGACUGGUGUUGUUGGUGGUAUCGGCGGCAAUAUCCCAUUGUCUAGUAGUAAUAACAAUAAUAGUGCUCAAUUAUCACAACAUGUACAGAAUAUACCUCAUUCCUCAUAUCCACGGUAUACUGGAUAUUAAUUAUAUCACCUUUUCUCUAUGUACAGAACUUUGCCCUUUUGUAAAGAAAAAAAAGAAAAGCAAAGCAAAUAUUGUUUCACUGAGUUUCUUUCUUCUUAUUUACUUUUAAUUCAUAUGGAGCGCGCGGGGGGCAGGGUGGCGGAGGAGGAGUUAUUUUUGUAGUCUUUUUUCUUUUUUUUGGCAUUUUUUAUUCUUCUUAUUUUCGUGUUAUCGAGAAAUUGGUUAAAGAAAAGAAUAUAUAUAUAUAUGCAAAUAAAAUUUCCAAUAUGUAU